UUUCCCUUUUCAUUGACCUUACUUGAACCUCUUUACGUGGAUCUACUCACUUAAAAAAAUGUCUCAAGUCACUUUAAAGAACGAUAUUAUACCUACCUUUGAGCCUAUUGAUCAACCAAGACAGAAGAGAAAGAUUAUUGAUAUCUCUUCCGACAAUGAGGAUAGCCAUUCUUCAACAGAGCAAACUAAACAGACUCAAUCGUGCAAUAAGAGAACGAAAGGUAGAAUACUUGGCUGUAACGGGAAGGAACUUCUUUGUAAUCACAGAAUGAACUAACAUACAAAAAACACACACAACCACGUACACUGUGCGCUGAUAAAUCAUUGCUAUAAGCUGACAAGGACAUGAGUAUAUCAUCGCUUUACACAAAUACUUCGAGCGUCACGAAUGUUCCCAUCCUUUCAAAAGCAAUCGCCAAUUCAGUCGUCUGGAUUGCUGCCACAUUUUCAAUGCAAGAUAAAGAUGAAGAAAAGCAAAUCACUGAACAAACUAAAGAACAAUCAGCGACAGCUAAUCAAAUUGCAGCCUUUAGUGUAUACCAUGGAUUGGAUGACACUCGUAACAUAGCAGAAAAAGUGACUUUGAAGAAAGAUCAAGACUUGAAUGAUGUGUAUAUUAUGGGGGUUGAGCACAUCUUGGAACAAUUCAAAAACGAUCCUGGAGAUUUGGUGAUUCACACUGGAUGUGCUUUCUUACAAAACUGUUUGGAAGAGCAGGACAAUAAGAGUACUAGCAGUACUGGCGACAAUGAAAAGCAUUUGGAUAACAUUAGAACUAAAAUUGCUAAAAGAAACGGUGAUACAUCAUUUACAACAUCUAGCUUAGAAGAGGACGAGUUCAAAGCAGCAUUAAAAAUGGCAAAGGAAAAGUUAACAGAAAAAGAAGAGUAAGUAUACGUGAAAUAUUUGUUGGUUAAGAUAUAGUCAAUUAAUGAAUGCUUUCAAAAACUACAAAAGUGGUGACGUGGCAGUCAGCAACGACUCAGUCUCAGAGUUUUCUCCUGAGAACAUACGUUCAGUUAGAGUAAAUGUCACGAAUGAUAUCGUAGCCCCUACACAGGACAUUGAUGUAUUUGAAGACUCGAAGGAAAUGGAAAUAGAACAGCAUGAAAUAGAGUCUGCUACUGAAAUAAUCGAGGUAUCAUUAGAAGAAGCAGCGAAAGAAUUAACGGCAACUGAGGAUUCGAACGAUGAAGACAAUGAUAACUCUUCUGUCGCAGAUUCUUCUUGGGGCUCGGGUUUGAGUUUAAAGAGCUUUUUUGAUCUUUUUAAGCCUUUCGGUCGAUCCAAAAAGAAUUAAACUACUUAAGUGUUACUCUUGGCUAAUAUCAAUUCGUUCACAUAUAAUAAGGCUUUUAAAACUUAUCAUAAUAUUAUAAUUAAAUGAC